UCUCAUUGUCUUGUUCAUAAAAGGGGCUAAAAUUAAAAAUAAAAAAAAAGAGCAACAAUAUACAGAGAGAUGGCCACAAAGGUUUUAAUGAAGCCUCAAAUUCUAUCUCCUCCAUUGCCAAACACCAUUGAAAUGAUAAUGAUAAGAUAUAAUGUUUCAGCCACUAAUAUUAUUAUUAAUAAUAGUCCAAGAAACUUUAACAAGAUUUCAAGAUUUGUGCAGCAAAGGACCAUUUGUGGUGCUGCAGAACAACAACAGAGUAAUGUUGAGGUUUCACAAUCCCAAAUCAAGAUUCAACUCUAUGAUGCCCUCCAAGGAAUUAACAGAGGAGUUUUUGGAGUAUCAUCAGACAAGAAAUUUGAAAUUGAAGAAUUAGUCGAGCAAUUGGAAUCUCAAAAUCCAACACUUGAACCAACCUUAUCUUUAGAUAAGGUGGCUGGAAGUUGGAAGCUUAUAUACAGUACUAUAAGUAUUUUAGGAUCAAAAAGAACAAAAUUAGGAUUGAGAGAUUUUAUAACAUUGGGGGAUUUAUAUCAAAAUAUUGAUAUUUCUGAGGGAAAAGCUGUGAAUGUGAUCAAGUUUAAUGCUAGAGGAUUAAGUUUAUUGAGUGGAGAGCUAAGGAUUGAAGCCUCCUUCAAAAUUGCAUCAAAAUCAAGAGUUGAUAUUUUCUACAACAAUUCUGGAAUAAUACCAGACCAGUUAAUGAAGGUGUUUCAGAAAAACUAUAAUCUUCUUCUUGGCAUCUUCAACCCGGAAGGUUGGCUUGAGAUUACAUAUGUUGAUGAGAAUUUGAGGAUAGGCAGAGAUGACAAGGGCAAUAUUUUUGUGUUGGAGAGGGUUAACUAAUUAUUCUUAUUUAUAUGUAAAUGUAAAUUUCAAUACAUUCUUACUACAUAGAAGAGAAUAAUUUCUGUUAUAACAUUCACAAUAAAGUAUAAUAAGAAAAGAAAAAAGUGCAUAAUUUUUUCUUAGUCCUAUGG